GCCGGCGCUGGGCGCUGCAGCGGCUCCCGGCGCGCCCCCGACCAGGUAGCCGGUGUCCUCUCUCAGAGUGGUCAGAAAAAGAAUUGCUCUUCCUGGUUGUCCUUCUGGAGCUGUCCUUUUGACCUGGAAUCCUGGGAUGACUUCACAACCCCCCAUCACUGAAUAAGUUGAAUUCUAAAAGCCUGCAGGCCACAGGGCUGCCACACAGACUCAGACCACUGGACUGCCACUGGCUGGGCCUAGGUAGCUGGCAGCUGAGACCGGCGUGGAACAGUCCCCUUUGAACUGGAGCCUUGGAGCAGCAGCCCCAUGAAGGUGCCCAGCCAUGCAAUGUUCCUGGAAGGCCGUCCUCCUCCUUGCCUUGGCCUCCAUAGCCAUCCAGUACACAGCCAUCCGCACCUUCACAGCCAAGUCCUUCCACACCUGCCCAGGGCUGGCGGAAGCCGGGGUGGCGGAGCGGCUGUGUGAGGAGGGCCCCACUUUUGCCUACAACCUCUCCCGGAAGACCCACAUCCUCAUCCUGGCCACCACACGCAGUGGCUCAUCGUUUGUGGGCCAGCUCUUCAACCAGCACCUGGACGUCUUCUACCUGUUUGAGCCCCUCUACCACGUCCAGAACACGCUCAUCCCCCGCUUCACCCAGGGUAAGAGCCCCGCUGACCGGAGGGUGAUGCUGGGUGCCAGCCGCGACCUCCUGAGGAGCCUUUACGACUGUGACCUCUACUUUCUGGAGAACUAUAUCAAGCCACCUCCUGUCAAUCACACCACAGACAGGGUCUUCCGCCGUGGGGCCAGCAGAGUCCUUUGUUCUCGCCCCGUGUGCGACCCUCCGGGGUCCCCCGAUCAGGUCCUGGAGGAGGGGGACUGUGUACGCAAGUGCGGUCUGCUGAACCUGACCGUGGCGGCAGAGGCCUGUCGCGAGCGCAGCCACGUGGCCAUCAAGACGGUGCGCGUGCCCGAGGUGAAUGACUUGCGGGCCCUGGUUGAAGACCCCCGGUUAAACCUCAAGGUCAUCCAGCUGGUCCGAGACCCUCGUGGUAUCCUGGCGUCAAGGAGUGAGACCUUCCGUGACACAUACCGGCUCUGGAGGCUCUGGUAUGGCACAGGGAGGAAGCCCUACAACCUGGAUGUGACACAGCUGACCACAGUGUGCGAGGACUUCUCCAACUCCGUGUCCACUGGCCUCAUGCGGCCCCCGUGGCUCAAGGGCAAGUACAUGCUGGUGCGCUAUGAGGACUUGGCCAGGAACCCCAUGAAGAAGACCGAGGAGAUCUACGGGUUUCUGGGCAUCCCCUUGGACAGCCAUGUGGCCCGCUGGAUCCAAAACAACACACGGGGCGACCCCACCUUGGGCAAGCACAAAUACGGCACCGUGCGCAACUCGGCUGCCACGGCCGAGAAGUGGCGCUUCCGCCUCUCCUAUGAUAUUGUGGCCUUCGCCCAGAACGCCUGCCAGCAGGUGCUGGCCCAGCUGGGAUACCGGAUGGCCGCCUCGGAGGAGGAGCUGAAGAACCCCGCCAUCAGCCUGGUGGAGGAGCGGGACUUCCGCCCUUUUUUGUGACACGGGCUUGCGGUGGGGGUGGGAGGCACGUGGCGCCGGUUUUGAUAACAUGGACCAUUUUUAACUGUUGCCUUAUUUCCCCCUCCCUCUCCCACCCUACCUUUGUGUCCUUCCUGGCCCCUGCCCACCCCACUCCCUUCUGCCUCUUUUUGUCUCUGAAAUUUGCACUAUGUCUCCGAUGGGAAUGGCUGGGGCAGAGGGCACGUGAAGUGGGGUACAUCCCACCCCACCCAUUUAGACAUUGGAUCUCUUCGUGGACAGUGACGACGUUUACAAGCACCCCACUCACACAUUCACACACGCACACUGGGCACAGAGAAGAGGCGCCCCUCCCCCAACACACACCUUGUCAAGCUUUUCAAGUGGAUGAGUUGUCGGGGCAUUGUGGUUUUUGCACUGUCUUAUUUCUACAAGGUGAGAUGAUUAAAAACAAAACCUCUCUCUAGUUCAGGAAAGGGGGGAGGGUCUGUCCUUCGCCCAUCCCUGCUUCCUGCCCCUGGCUCCCACUUCCUCCCUUGGAGCAGAGAAACUGCCCCCCUGCCCACCCUUGCCUGUCGGUGAGCAGGUUUUUAACUGUGAGGUGAAUGUGGACCUUGUUUAUUUUUUCCAGUCUGUGAUGAUGCUGUUUGUCUGUCUGAGUCUUGUGGCUGCCCCUGGACCAGUGAUGACUGAUGAAUCUUUGAGCUUCUGAUUGAUCUUGGGGUCCAUCUGUGAUAUUUCUUUGUGCCAAAAAGAAAAAAAAGUGGAUCAGUUUGCUAAAUGAACAUUGAAAUGCUUUAUCCGUGUUUUCUGUAAAUAAAAGUGUGCAAUAA